CAAACGAUUUCCACUAAGGCACAACACCUCAUAAAAAUGUUCAAUGUAAAAUACUUUUGCUCUUGCUUAAUUCUACUCUCAGCUUGCUACUUACACGAAAAAAAAGUUGAUGGUCAAGAAGUCCAACUGCCACCAGGACAAGAGUGUCAAAUGACACCGGUUAUACAUGUAUUGCAGCAUCCUGGUUGCGUUCCCAAGCCGAUUCCUUCAUAUGCUUGUAUAGGAAAGUGUACGAGCUAUGUACAGGUAUCUGGAAGCAAAAUUUGGCAAAUGGAAAGGUCGUGCAAUUGUUGCCAAGAGUCCGGAGAACGAGAAGCGACUGUCAUUCUUUUCUGUCCCAAAGCUAAGAGCGAAGAAAAAAGGUUUAGAAAGGUCACUACGAAGGCACCCCUAGAAUGCAUGUGCCGUCCAUGUGGAAGUAUCGAAGAAAGCGCUAUUAUUCCACAAGAAAUUGCCGGCUACGCUGAUGACUCUCUUUUAAGUAGUCAAUUCAGAAAAAACUUCUAAUUAAACAUUGCAUUGCAAUCAUAAUUGAAACGAACUUUUAUACGUUGUUAAAUAUCUUUGAAAAUAAAGGCUAUUGACA